AUGCAAACAUUAAUACAUCAGAGAAUGUAUAUCUCAUCUUAUGCAUUACUACUAAUUUUCUCUCUCUUUUCUCAAGGUUUCUUACUUUCCGUUUCGAAGUCUAUGCGAAAAGCAGAAGAUGAUAUGCUAAGUACAUUCAGUCUUGGAAAAGUAAUACAAAAUGGGGGGAAAGCUGAAAAGUCACGGCCUGCAUCUUCUCUGGAGCAUUAUAAAAUAGAGGACAGCAGCUUUCUGGAUGAAGAUGGAGACCCGAAGUUCUCUAAUAUAGCUUCUAAACACCAUGCCAUAACCCAUGGCCAGCCACUGAAUGUGGGAAUUAAGCAGCUUCCUUAUUUUGCACUGGAGGGACCUAUGGCUUUUCCAGCUGAUGCUGAAGUUGAAAGUAUUGAAUCAUUACAAGAAAGGAGAGAGACUGGAGACGAUGAAAACUCAGCUAAGUUACCUAUUGGAAGAAGAGAUUUUGACAUGCUCAGGUGCAUGCUGGGAAGAGUCUAUCGACCUUGUUGGCAAGUCUAG